CUUUAUGAAGCCGUUACUGACUCAUGCGACUCCAUCUCUGGAACAAACGCUACCUCCAAUUUGUCACCCGUUCGCUCGUUUGUUCACAUCAGCAAAGCAGGCGUCUGCUACCAAUAACCCAUCCGGUGAUUCCAGUCCUUGUGCUUCUGUUAAUGUUGUUGAAG